AUGGCCUUCAGUUCGGUCAAUUUGCUGACGAUUCAACAAGUCGACAGCGCCAGGUUGGACUUAGUUCGACAGGCUGUUCGCGAUCUUUACAGGGUUAACAUAGUUGAAAGUGAAUGCGAUCCAGUAGAGGGUAAUAAUGGGAAAGGAACUCUAGCUGCGUCUUCUGUACUUCUUGCUGACAGUAACACUAAGCCUGACAAUGGCAGUAGUGCCAGUAGUGAUAACAAAUAUGAGAAGCGAGUGUUGUCGUCGCCGCGGCCAGUCAGGCCGCCAGCGUCCACGAAGAAAGAGAUACAGUCAGUUAUGUUGCGUUUUGAAGGAAAUGUUUCAGUGGAAGAAAUUGAAAAAGCACAAGUAAAUAACACGUAUAUAUUACUUAUUACAUGA